GGCAUUUUCACUCAGUCUUGUCUCGGUCUUGGUCCUCUCUGGUCUUGGUAAUGUUGUGGUCUUGGUUGGUGCGGUCUGGACUACAACACUACUAUGUCCUAGUUACUUUGUCCUCUGCACCUUCUGCUUUCUCUGCCCUGACAGGAGUGGAACUCUGUAUAAGCCUAUCGGCUUCGUUCCCUUCUUGCACUGUUUUUAAUCUGCGCUACAUAAAUAAACACAAAUACAAAUGUAAUAGGUUGGUUAUUUUCCAAAUGUCACACACAAAAACAGCUCUGAAUUACCACAUUAUUAAGGUCGGUGGCCUUGUUGUGUUACCAUUAAUCUAAGUCAAUGAUACUCCUGUCAGAGUUACCUGUUCAUCCAAUUAAGUGGAGGCAGGUAAAGGGUUAGGGCAUCAGUAUGUAAAUAAUAGAAGUGAUGGGGAUGUAGUUCACUUGUUCUGCCUGGUUCGUUGAGGUUCUGUUGAGGGCAGAACCAACAGAACCCACAGCGUCUGCCCACUACCGCUGGAAUCUUUAGGAAGCGUAAAGAGGUUUGUUUAUGCAGCACUACUUUUGUGUACAUCCGACAAUUACUGACACAAACUAAGAUAACAAAUAUCAACACCCUACAUCAAAAGCGAUCAAAUGUGGAUUUUGUGGUUCAUUUUUAAGUUUUGGACGUUUAUAUGGAGUUCUGUUACUCAUUUUUGUUCUCGCGGAUAAACAGGGCUGCGUAUUUAUUGGAUCUAUUUUCUCUCGGACGGCGGUGCUUCGCCUUUCUCUCCCUCUCGCUGUGCUAGGCCGCCAUCUUGAAUUUUAAUGUUAAUUUCUUUAAAAAAAUGUGUUUCCUGUGAAAUUUUCGCCCAGGCUUUGGUUCCUAAUCCGGAUGAAUUUGAAGGAGUGGUGUUUUAUUUCGUUGCUGUUAAGCAGACCAACAUCGUGAGUACUCGGUGUUUGUUCGUCUCUCCGCUCGAAUCGGGACAUUUAACGUUUGCAGCGCGUGAGCCGCUCCAGCUUAACGUCACCGCUCUGUCCGGUGAAAUAAGAGCAGCUUUAUACCGUUUAUUAAACAUAAUUAAACACACCGAGAUUACAUAUGAAGGCGGCGACAGGACAACGAGCCUCUAAUUCACUUACAUUUGGUAUAUUUAGCCUGUUAAGCUCGCUAAUGGCUUCCACAUCGAGCAGCUAAGCUAACGCAGGAGCCGUUAGCCUGAGCUAGCUGCUGUGCUCCAGCGGUUUGCAGGUAGGAAACAUUAAAGUUAUCUCAGGGCUGUGAGUGUAGCCUCUCCGUGCUUUUAUGGGACAAAAACUGAUGUAUGAAUGUUUUAAUCGGGUCGUUUAAACAGAAGAUGAUGGUAACAUCGCUGCUUUUUGACGCUUGUUGCGGUGUUGGUGGUGCUAGCCGAGCUCAGAUAGCUUCCACCUGAAGUUAGUUUGAUGUUCGACAGCUCCUCUGCUCUUUAAACCUGCUGCACAAAUACUCUGAAUUAUUACUAAAAAACAUAAUUUAUUUUAAAAGGAGGCUUUAGACUAACAGUUUACAAUUAGUCAACAUACAUCUAUUUCCAGGGACUUUAAAAACUAAACCGUUAAAAUGGUAAAUUUCUAUAAAAACACAGUUCGCUCACAUCAUCACAGUAUUCAACAUUAAAAUUAGUAUUUAAAAGUUAAGAUGAGAAAGAAGACGAAAACCACGAUAAAUAAAGUUUAACCCUACAACACUAUCUCUAAAAAUAGUAACACCAUCAGUAUCACCAGGUGAUUUUUACCUGAAAUAAUCUUCCGAAGAAAAACAAAAUCAACAUAUGACAAUACCUGACAAAUUAAAGUUUAUUUUUAGCUGUUUAAUGUCCAAAGGAAGGAAAAAGUGCCAUGAGGGGACCAUAUAUGGAUGCAACAAAAUAACUGAAGUUAGGCAUUCACUAACAAAAAAUGACUAUUAGGGGGUAGGAAAACCAGACCCUGAUCCAGAAUCCUAGCGCCCAGAUUUGUGACCUCUGACCUUCAGUACCACAGAGAGGCUGUUGACUUUAGUGAAAGCAGUUUGAGAAAAACGGAAUAACCUGUCUAUGUGUGAAAUGAUCUGAAAAGUCAGAGUGCUGUGGUUCUGGAGUAGGAACGGUCAUAUGGUCCAGGUUGAAAACAGAAAGGCAGAGCCCACCCCUUUUACAUUUUUCCAAUGUGAUAUUUAGCUGAUCUGAUCUGUUUUUAAAAGAAUCUGCGACCUCUGAUCAUUUAGACCGGAUCUCAUAAACCUGAGUGUUUUGGUUUUCGAUCAGGACUUGAUCUGAAAAAAUGAUGAAAUCAGAACCAGAAACACUUUGAUUAUCUGCAGGGGGAAAUAGCUUUUGUCACAUUGACCCCAGUCCAAAUACAAGAAAAAGAGGAGAUAAAUAAUGGAUAAAAUAAGCACAAAUAAAGAGAUAAUAUGCAAGUAUUUACACUUUAUACAACACUAAUAGUAACAUCGUCAGCAUAAAUCAGAUUUUUUUUUUUUUUCGUUUUCAUAAACAGUGUGACGUUUUCAGACCCUCAUCAUAAUAAUAAUAAUAAUAAUAAUAAUAAUAAUAAUUAGAACAGGUCUACAGACUCUUAGAUGGUCUAGUCUCUGAUGAGUCUGGGUGUUGUUGUGGUCCUGGAUUAUCAGGUCCUGGUCUCCCCCAUAAACAGCCCAAUCCUAAACGACGAAUGACAAACCAACUUCAGUGUCCUCAGAUUAAAGGACCGACUCAGAUUUUCUUUAACGACACUAAACUUUACAGACAUUUUCUUCUUAUAAAACACAGAUUUUCAAAAUAAAAGCUGCUUCUAAAAAGUGAAUUUAAUAUUUAAACGAUAUAAAACUUUAAAGCAGGUCGAGCUGAAGAGUGGAUGUUUUCACUAUAAUCCUGUUUUUUUUCUUACAUGUCACCUCUCAGAUUAUAUUAUAAUCCUGUUUUAGUGAUUUCUGUGGUUUUAGUGGUUACAGUUGUUCUGUUUGUGUGUUUCUCUGUAAAGUAAACCUGUCCAUGUAAACCGGUGUAGCAUCCUCCCUGUUAGCUUCAUGCUAACGAGCCGACAGUUAGCAAACACAGGGGUGCUGCGGUGCUUUCUGGGUAACUCAGGUAACUCAGGUGUGAUCUCGGCCUUUGUUUGUGUCCUUCCUGGUUUCAGCUCCUCCUUGUUUGGCCUGAGCGCUAACUGCUAAAGUGUCUUAUACACAGAUUUCUGAUGAGAGGGUGGAUUUAAGGACGUGUUUGAAAACAGUUUAACAUCUUAAAUAUCCCAGAAUAACACAAAACAGGACAGUUUGGUCAUCAGCUCACGAACAGGACUUUUUCUGAGGUUUUCAUGGCCCUUUAAAUGAUCAAUAUCUGAUUUAUUGGUGAUGGACAGAGAAUCAGUGCAAUAUGUGAACUCACCACUGAGGGGCGCUGCAGGAUCCUUUUACACCUGCUUCAGUUCCUGCUGUUUGUUGUGGAUGUUUGGUCAGACAGUGUAAUGAAUUCUGUCUUUGUUCAUAUUUACUAAAAUUAAAAACUGUGUAGCUUAAAAACCCGACUGUGAAGGAGCGAGCCUCUGAAAACUUCAACAGGAACAUUUACACUACACUUGACUGAUCCCUGUGGAAACUCAGAGACAUGUCAAAUAAUCACAGUUUAAUGGACAGGGUAUCUGCAGGGUCUGAAAACAUCUUAUAACAUCUAAAGUCUAAUAAUUUGAAUUUAAGGUCUUUUAAAAUAUCUAAAAUUCUCUUAAAACCUCAUAAAAUAUCUGUAAUAUAAUUUAGAAAUGUCUUAAAAAUGUGUUGAUGUUACUCACAAGUAAAGAUUGAUUUAAAGUUUAAAUGGUCAGAUUUCCCCUCAUGUCUUUUGUUCCUUUUUGGUUUGUUUGGAUCUUAAACUGUUUUCCUUAUUUUCUUUAAAAAGUCUUUAAUUUGACUCGUUAAGACCUGCAGAAACCCUUUAAUGAAUCAGAUUUAAUGUAGUAAUUAUUUAAUUGAAGUAGGUUUUAUCACAGUAUUAUAUUUAUGACUCUAAAACUGAACACACACACACACACACACACACACACACACACACACUAUGGGUGUCCCCUCACACACACUGUUGGAGUCAGGCCGUUCAGCUGUACUUUAGCUCAGAUGUUUUUUCUCCGAUUUUGACGACAAACAUUUACCUCCUGAUUUGUAACUCGACCCCCGACUCUGUAACUUUGCAGUUUUUGUUGUGAAUGUGGAAAAACAUGAGACACACACACACACACACACACACACACACACACACACACACACACACACACACACAGCAUAAGCCCAUUUCAUCCUUGGAGCUGUUCUGUAGAUGAUGAAGUGGUGGGUCAUCAGUGUGAGGGUCAUUGUUAACGUGCAGACAGACUAACAACACUGUCGUUGUUCUUCCUCCAUCAUGUAAAGAACUGCAGACUCCAGCUGCAGCUCACAGCAGGGAGUCUUUUCUGCUGUAACAGAGACAGACCUGCUGCUGCUGCUGCUGCUGCUCUUAGGUGGACCUUCAUCUCCGUUUGUGAAUGAAGCGUAGAUGUCUGAGUGUGCUCCUGAUUAGUUGUCUGUCAGCACAUCCAUCCUCCUGUUCCAGUCCCAGUUUGUUUCCUCAGAACCUCCUCAGAACUGACUGAAUCAUUUUCUGCCCUCAGGUCACAAACUCUCGACCCCAGUCUUCCACACCCGAGAGUGUUCCUUCAUCUCAGAGACUAAAUGCAACUGGACCAGGGGGCUUGUGGGCAUGAAGUGGCUGGGCGAAUCCAAGAACAUGGUAUUAAAUGGCAGACGACACGGAAACAAGUUGACCAGCGAGCAGCCCGUGAGCCAGAGCCAGACCCGCUCUCAGCAUCAACAGCGAGCGUCUCUGCGCCACAACCGAAACAGAAACCGAAGAUGUAGCCGCAGUGAGUGAAUGACAUGGUUACGGUUACUAAGCAGAGAUUCAGCUGAAGAGACAGACCUUCUCAUCAGGGUGUGUGUGUGUGUGUGUGUGCUCGGGUUCUGCAGGGUUCAAUGCCGCCAGUCUGGAAGCAGAGAGGCGCUAUGUGCCCUCCUCAGGAAUGACCGCCAAGGAGCUGUGUGAGAACGAUGACCUGACCACCAGUCUGAUCCUGGAUCCAUACCUGGGCUUUCAGACCCACAAGAUGAACACCAGGUCAGCAGAGGAGUCACCUCAGAGGAGCUGAUGGAGCUGAUGAGCUUCAGUUUGAUUGAGUCUCUCAUGUCCAGUUUUUGUGUUUGACCUGCUUCCCCUCCAGGUUCAGACCGGUGAAGGGACGGCAGGAGGAGCUGAAGGAGGUCAUCGAGCACUUCAAGAAACACGACAACCUUGAAAAAGCUUUCAGAGCGCUGACGUCAGGAGACUGGUCCCGGAACCUUUUUCUCCACAAGACCAAAGCUCAAGAGAAGCUCUUCAAACAGCACGUGAGAAACGUCCUCCUAACUCCACCUGAGAGACUCCAGAGUCAAACUUUGACCUCUGACUGACUCUGAUUUCUGCUCCUCAGGUGUUUGUGUAUCUGCGGAUGUUCGCCACGGACAGCGGCUUCGAGAUCCUCCCCUGUAAUCGCUAUUCAUCCGAGCAAAACGGAGCCAAGAUUGUGGCGACGAAAGAGUGGUGAGGACAGACGGCCAUCUUUGAUUCUGAUUAUACGGCCAGCUGUGCUCGCCAUCACCUCACCGAGAGCGCUGCUUUGUUUGACAGGAAAAGAAACGAUAAGAUCGAGUACCUGGUCGGCUGCAUCGCUGAGCUCUCCGAGAGCGAGGAGAACAUGCUGCUGCGGCACGGCGAGAACGAUUUCAGCGUCAUGUACUCGACACGCAAGAACUGCGCUCAGCUGUGGCUGGGACCAGCCGCGUUCAUCAAUCAUGGUGAGAUCUGUGUCGGUGCGUUUGUGUUCGAUCAGUGGAAGUCUAGUCGGUAAAGAAACUAACCUCAGGUCUUUAUUUUCUCACAUUUCAGACUGUCGGCCGAACUGCAAGGUGAGUUCCUGCUCAAAUCAAAACCUCAGAGUUCAGGUCAGUGCUGGACGCCCUGAUAACCACGGUUUUCUGGUGUGUAGUUUGUGUCGACAGGGCGGGACACGGCCUGUGUGAAGGUCUUGAGGGACAUCGAACCAGGGGAGGAAAUCUCCUGUUACUACGGAGACGGUUUCUUUGGGGAGAAUAACGAGUUUUGUGAAUGCUACACAUGUGAACGGUGAGUUUGACCAAUCAGAGCUGUUGUGCAGUCACUCCCAGCUCAUCUUUUUGGUCACGUGAUCUGUGUCAACUGUCUUGUUGUGGUCGUGCAGGCGGGGCACCGGGGCUUUCAAAUCCAAAGCUGGUCUGCCGGUGGAGGUUCCGGUGAUCAACAGCAAGUACGGGUUACGAGAGACGGACAAACGUCUCAACCGGCUGAAGAAGCUUGGAGAGGGAAACCCGAGCUCGGACAGUCACUCUGUCGGCUCCCACACAGACGUCGACUCUCAGGAAAUGCCAAAAACACAUCAGUGUAAGAGUCCCUCCACAAUCCAGACUCUCACACCAGGGUGACGGUGAUAACGUAGAUCACAUCACUGUCAUAAAGGUCCAGAAAGGUCCGAUUCAUGAGGCGGUCCUAAAAACCGUCACAGUUCGGAUCAUCCUGAUGAUCAGAGCUGAAUUCUCUGACUUCAUACGGUCUGAACAACCAAAGUCAGCUGAUUCUGUGAAAACACUCAUUUCUUCAUUUUUUUCAAACGUGCUGCAACAAAAGAAAAUAAACUGAAAACAGACAAAACUAGUGAGAAUAUCCAAAACAACAACAACAACAAUAAUAAUCCGAGCAGUUAAAAACAUACUAAUAAUAGUGAAGAAUUCUGCUUUUAUAAACCUACUCAGUAAACAGUCAGUCUAUAAUAGAACAUGAAUGGAGUAAAUAAAUUCAGAAAUCAUUCAUGAAAACAGCCGAUAGUUAAAGUCCUUCUUCCUCCCUGGACCUGAUGAGAACCAUGUUCUUGUUCCACUUUCUAAAUUGGGUCAUUCUUGGACAGAACUUGAGCUCCACAGCUGAUCUGUCCCACAAUCUUCGUCCACGAACAGAAACACGACAACAAAGAGGAAAGUCUGUAACUCUGAAAGAGUGCGGCUCUUUUUCAGGAGAGAAACUUCUCGGUUUCUUCGUGUCCCUGUUCCUUGUUGUCCGUGUUUAUUGCCGUGAACAUGAUUUGUGCAGUUUUGAAAGUGAAGCAGGUUAGUGAGUUUAAAUUUAAUGACCCGAGAGCCGAUUCAUCAGAAACGAGACGUGAAGUUCAGACGUUGAAGCUCCUGAUUUUAGCUCCUGAUCGAACAGACAAAACAAACCCAAACUGAUCUGAGGAGAACAUUUAGGAUUCUUCUUCUUCUUCUUCUUCUUCUUCUUCUUCUUCUUCUUCUUCUUCUUCUUCUUCUUCCUCUUCCUCUUCUUCUUCUUCUUCUUCUUCUUCCUCUUCUUCUUCUUCCUCUUCUUCUUCUUCCUCUUCUUCUUCUUCUUCUUCUUCUUCUUCUUCUCCUUCUUCUUCUUCUUCUUCUUCUUCUUCUUCUUUUAAAGACUCAAAAACAGCCGUUAUUCUAACUCUGAAAACACUCGGAGUAAGUAAAGAGGAAACAGGAGAAGGUUUUUCUGAGGCAGAGACAGAGAGAUAAAGUCCUCCUAUAAAGACCAGGAACCUGGACCAUCACAGGACCCUUCAGCACCUCAUGGUCUCAGGACUGUAAAGGUGCCCCCCCCCCCCCCUCCUCUAAAGAGGAUUAUGUUUCUGAUUGUUGACCAGAUUAAAAACCCUGAUUCUCAGAAAUAGAGGAUCACUUUAGUCCUAGAACAGGUUCUACUUGGUCCUCCUGUUUUCAUGAUCGAUCUGUAACCUGCUGCCUCUCCUUCCUCUGUUCCAGCAGCUGCCAGAAAAAGACCUUCAUCAUCCUCCUCAUCCUCGUCUUCUGGCCUGAAAUAUAAGAACCGGACUCAAUCCAGACAGACUUUGUCCAGAGCCCUAACUACCUCAUGUUCCAAACAAGGCCGAGUCCACAAUAACAGGGUACCAAAGAGACUCAAAUCCCAAUCCAAGCCUUCACUAAGUAAAGUUCAGCUGCGGAGUCGCAGGCGGGGGGCGGAGCCCAGGGCGGCGGCCAGAGGAGAGACUCUCCAGCUGGGUCUCAGGGACUCGAAGGUGUCGCUGUGUAAAGGCGUCACGGUGAAGAAGGAGAGGGACGGACAGGAGCUGGUGCAGCGCGGCUGUCUCACCCGGCACGCCGCCAAGGAAAACGGAAAUCUCUCGCAUUUGCAGAGCCGCGAGGGCGGAAGGUGCCCCACCUACAGAACUCGGAGGUCCACCAGGACCCUCAUAAAGGCGCAGGAAACAGCAGGGGGCGUCAAACUGGAGCCCAGCGCCAUGGACGGCCUGAGUCCGGUCCCUGGUGGAGUGGUGAUAAAAACGGAGCCGGCUGACAUGGAGGAGUAUCUCCAUCACGGAGUCUCACUGGAGACGCCGGCGUUAGACUCGGGUUACGCCCGGAGAGGCUCGUGCAGGCGGAAACGCCUGCCGCGGCUCGGCUCUGACAGGACGAUUAAAUGCGAGGACUCUUACGGCGAGCCGUUCGCUCCGAUGGCCGCCGGUCACACGGCGAACUUCUCAGAGGGCGGGAACAUGCUGCUGAGCUUCGCAGACAGACACAGGGACUACAACGGGGUCUCCAACGGUAGCAAGUCCCUCCGCAGGGACAAAGGUAAGAGCAGCUGCAGGUCGCAGGACAAGGGGAAGAAGAAGCGCCGCAUCACCAGAUACGACGCUCAGCUGAUCCUGGAAAACAACACGGGGAUCCCCAAACUGACGCUCCGCCGGCGGAGGGACAGCAGCAGCAGCAAGACCAACGACGUGGGCGAUCCCAUCGGCUCCUCCAACCUCUCCGCCUCCUCCGUCAACUCCGCCUCUUCCAGCAAAAUCAGCAUCAAGUUCAGCAAGGACCACGACAAGGACAAAGGCAGCUCCUACAUCGCCAAGCUGAAUAACGGCUUCGCUCCCGGCGUGCACGGCAACUCCACCAAGCUGAAGAUCCAGCUGAAGAGGGAGGACGACGCGCGGAGGUUAUCCCAGACCAACGGGGACGUGAGUCAGAGUCUGGAGGGCAGGAACGGGGGACAUCGGAGCCAGAAGGUCCUGCCCGAGCCCUCGUCUGAGGAUGACGAUGAUGAGGAAGGGGAGGAGGAGGAGGAGGAAGAGGAGGAGGAGGAGGAGGAGGAGGAGGAUGACGACUACUUUGACAAUGAGUUUGAAGACGAUUUCAUUCCACUUCCUCCAGCGAAGCGUCUGCGGCUCAUCGUGGGCAAAGACUCCAUAGACAUCGAUAUCUCCUCCAGGAGGAGAGAGGAUCAGUCUCUGAGGCUCAAUGCAUAAGCUGUGGAGCUCAUCACUCCAGGUCCGGCUGUAAAUACCCAUGACUCUGAUCAACGCUCUGUUGAUGUAAAAGAAGUACAGUAAUUUAAAACCACAAAAAAAGACAAAGAAAACCUGAAACAUCAUCGUUUUUAGAAGGUGCUCUUAACCUGAAACUGAACCUCCCUCUCACCUCCCGUCAAAACCAACUUUCUGAAACCUGGAGCUCAGAGCGGCGGCGGCGGAGGCGGAGCUCCGAUCUUUAAGGUGAAUCAGGUUCAGACGAAUCAUGUGUGAGAGAGAGGGUUCCUCUCAGUUUCAGGUUAAGGUCUUCUGUCAGUGAAUGCACUUGUUCUCUUCAUGGUGGACAUGGAUGUUGUAGAAAGUGUACAGUAUGGUGACUAUCCCCUCUGUCUCAUAGGCAGGUUUUUAUUCAACUCUUGAUUUUGUUCUUUUUGUCUCAUAGUUUGUCAUUUUAGCCUGAUGAACCAUGCUGAGCACGGUGUGGUGGUGUGGUUGGUCCAGAGGCAGUCGAACCCGGGUCAGUCAGUCAGUCAGUCAGUCAGUCAGUCAGUCAGUCAGUCAGUCAGUCAGUCAGUCAGUCAGUGCCAUGUUCCCAUUAUCACAGCAGCUUCACUCCCAAACCUUCUCUGUGGACCUUCAUCAUCAUCAUCAUCAUCAUGGGCUUCAGUCUGCUGAGGUCAGCCUGUGUGCUCGCCUUCAGUCUGAGGAAGAGGGGAGUGUUUGCAUGCAGAGCGAGGGUCGAUGUCUGUCUGUCCGUCUGUCUGUCUGUCCGUCUGUCUGUCUGUCCGUCUGUCUGUCUGUCUGUCUGUGUGUCUGUGUGUGUUUGUGUCUGUGUGUGUUUGCAGCGUUCUUACAGUCCAGCUCACGGUGGUUUCCUCACAGCACUGUAAAUAAUCCCCGCUGCAGGAAAAGCACACAGUUUUCUAAUCCCACUCAGAAAUGGACCAGCGCUUGUUCUGUGUGUGUGUCUGUCUGUCUGUCUGUCUGUCUGUCUGUCUGUCUGUCUGUCUGUGUGUGUGUGUCUGUGUGUCUGUCUGUCUGUCUAAUGGAAACAUGGCACACCUGCUGGUUCAAACCCAGUCAGGACAGACAGAUCCCUGUCUGCGUUUUAGUAUCAAAGUAAUGUACAGAAAGACUGGCUCAUGCCCCGCCCUCCUGUCGUCAUGACGUCACACACGUCCUUCUGUUUCAUGUCUCUGAAUUAUAGAAGGACAGUCUAACACUAGAGUCUCACACGUUCAGAUCAUGUCUUCUUCUUUCUCUUCGUUUCUGUUUGGUGCUAAUUUACAUCGUUAUUAUUCUGAAAUCUGAAGGAAGGAAGGGAGGAGAAGGUGGCAGCAUUAACUACAACACACAAGCCCGACACACACAGACACAGACACACACACACACACACACACACACAGACAUGAUCGGAGCUGUAGCAGAAGUUUGCAUGUGUAUUCUCUUCACAGGUGCUCACACACACACACUCUCCCUCUCUCUCUCUCUCUGUCUCUCUCUCUGUCUCUCUCUCUCUCUCUCUCUCUCCCUCUCUCUCCCUCUCACUCUCUCUCUCUCUCUCUCUGUCUCUCUCUCUGUCUCUCUCUCUCUCUCUCUCUCUCUCUCUCUCCCUCUCACUCUCUCUCUCCCUCUCACUCUCUCUCUCUCUCUGUCUCUCUCUCUGUCUCUCUCUCUCUCUCUCUCUCUCUCUCUCCCUCUCACUCUCUCUCUCCCUCUCACUCUCUCUCUCUCUCUCUCUCACUCUCUCUCUCUCUCUCUCUCUCUCUCUCUCUCUCUCUCUCUCUCUCUCUCUCUCUCUCUCUCUCUCUCUCUCUCUCUCUCUCUCUCUCUCUCUCUCUCUCUCACUCUCUCUCUCUCUCUGUAUGUCACAGCAUUAGGUGCCUUAAUAAAAAAAGAGCUCUCUCACACAUUUAGACCAAAUUCUUCAAAACUCGAACCCUCUGAAAUCACAGACACACGCGCCGCCGCCGCCGUCAGUCCUUCUGUAUAUUAUUUGAUUUCUGAUUUUGGAGGUAGAGAAGAAUCGAGGGAUCGACUCAGACUGAAUGUUAACCCUUUCCUCUCCUGUGUUAAUCUGUACUGUUCAUAUCACCAGCAGCUAACCGCCGUUCUGAACCCGGCUCGGUCCCUCCCUCCCUCCCUCUCGCCCCGUCUCCUCGUCGGACGUCUCCAUCCUACACUGUAAUUUGUUCAGGUGUAACGUCUCUGUGCUUUUUGUCCAAUAGACAGCUGUCACGAUUCCUGAUUGAUUCAAAAACUCAAGUUCAAAAAAACACAAUAAAAAGCAAAGAAAUGUGAAUAGUUUGGGACGUUUUAGCGUGUGGCGUGGGGUCGUGGGAAACAUGUAAAGAGAAUUCAAAUGGGCAGUGCGUAUAUUGUCCCAUAUGUAAAUCAUUUGAACACAUCUUGUACUUAUUUAACAGUUUUGAAUACUUGAAGACUAUAUAAAGUUUCUUUGUGACUCUUGUUUCCUGAGCCUGUUCUUAGUCCCUGACCUGUCUGUCCUCAUUAUUUCCAUUUAUGAUGAGUAUGUGUGUGUGUGUGCGUGCGUGUGUGCGUGCGUGUUUGGAGAAGAAACGGGUUCAGGUUUGAAGUGACUGAGAACACAGAAACAACAACACAACAUGUUUUUAAUUUAGGUCCAAGAACUUCCACCUGUUCUCACUUCAGAUUUUAAAAGGAACUUUAAUAAGAACUUUUUAUCUCUGAAGACCCAGUUUUGACUUGUUUUUUGAUUAGUUGAAAACAGAUUCAUACAGUACAGUUCUUGAAGGGAAACAUGAAUCACAAACACCCCCUUCACCUCAUCACCCUGUCUACUGCUGGAUAUUCCUGUUACUGGGCUUAAAUAACGAAUUCUAGAGCAAAAAUAAAAAGUGCUGGAAUUCAGCUUUUGUAGAUCUUUAAAUAUAAAAGACGUUGAGAAAUAAAAAGUAAUAAGAAAAGUUUAAUGAACUUCUGUACGUAAAGAGAAAUACAAAUGUAGACAAGUCGCUGAAAUCUGAAAAUAAGAACUUUUUUAAUCCUCGAAGGGAAAUUCAACUGUCUGUUGUCUCACAUGAUAAAUCUCUAAAAGUUUUCUGUUAUUUACAGCAGAGUUAUAAAGUCUGUUGGUCCAAAGAUCUUCUGAAUCUUUCUGUCCAGCAGUGAAGAGAGAGGAGCCGUCCACCACCGUCGGCCCUUUGGUCCAUCAGGAUGUUGUGAAGUGGGUGAUCCAUGUUCUUUAGAAUAGUCUCCACCUUCCUCAGUGUAGAUCUCUCCACCACAUCCUCCACAGAGUCCGACCACAGAGCCAGCCUUUUUCACCAGUUUGUUCAGACGUCUCCAUCUUUGUGCUUGAUGCAGCGUAGAACAGAACACUGUAGAUCUAC